AUGUGUAUUGUCAGGGGUGUGGCUCACCGACACCACGACGACUACCCCUUCAACCUUAGACCUAUUGAGGAAGAUGAUUUAUUCCAAUAUCAACGAUAUCGGUGGUUGAGUGGAGAACCCGAAAAACUAGGAAUGCGUUAUCGCAGAUUUAACCUGCAGGCUCUUCUGAAUGCCUCUGCUAAACCUGGUGGAGAUGCCGGAACGACUUGUGUAAAGUUGCUCAAAUGCGUCGAGGGACAGUUUAAUAAGGCUUUUCUAUUCAAUUUUACAGUGUUCUCAUCCGCGAUUGCUGGAAUAUCAGCCUCGCCAUACCCUGAUGAUCAAAUGAAAGAGGAAAAAAUGCUUCUAGAGCAUUACUAUGAUGUCACAAAGACAAACGAUCCUAUCAGAAGGCAACUUCUCAACGAUCCACUUCACGAGCUGAAAUAA